UCUCUCUCUCUCUCUCUCUCUCUCUCUUUGGACUGGUGGUGAGGCGGUGUACACACACACUAACACACACACACACACACACACACACACACACACACACUCAGCUGCUCGGAACCAUGACAGAAGAUGACGGAUACAGUUGUCGCGGAGGGACAAGUCAAGUUUAGAGAUGGAAAAAAGUGGAAGACUCGGUGCGUCGUCCUUCGGAAGCCCUCUCCGGUCGCAGACUGUCUGUCUCUGCUGGUGUAUAAGGAGAAGAAGAAAGGGAAGGAGAAGGGCAGCGGCCACAAGGAGAGACUCAAUGUAACACUGGAGGGGAUCUGUGGCGUGGAGCCAGGGCCUGGGUACGACGGGGUGUCCUACACCCUCUCCAUCCUCUGUCUGGCGCACACGCUGGUCCUGGGCUUCAACAACAAAGACGCCCUGCUUGCCUGGGAUGCCCGCGUCCGCUACAGCCUGGGAGAAGUCCACAGGUUCAGUGUCAACGUCGAGCCAGGUACCAAACUGGAAAGCGGCCCCGCCUCCCUCCACCUGUGCAACAACCUAUUGGUCCUUACCAGAGGCGUCCCUCCUGUCGUCAUUGGCCACUGGAAGUUGUCGGCGUUGCGCCGAUAUGGCGCGGUGCCAAACGGCUUCGUGUUUGAGGGGGGGACUCGCUGCGGAUACUGGGCUGGUGUUUUCUUCUUGUCCUGUUCAGAAGGAGAGCAGAUCAGUCUCCUGUUUGACUGCAUUGUUAGGGGCAUCACCCCCAGCAGGACCCCCCAUGGCCUGCGACCUGCCCUGCCAGCAGAUCCCAAUGCUGAUCCAGAGUUGGCAGAGAAACGAAUCAGCCAGGAGGCGUCAGAGCUGGAGAAGAGACUCAGCAUGCUGUCUCAGUGCAGCCUAGCGAGCAGCACAGCUUCCACUUACAGCUGUAGCACAUCUGUUGCCGGGGACGACCAACGCAGCAUCUCCAGCUCCUCCUCCAGCCAAUCAGAUGCAAGCUAUGGAAGCAGAUUUCCCUUUUGGGUGGAGCCGUUAGCCAGACCGCACCCCUCCAACGAGACAGCCUCAAACUCCUCCACGCUGAAGGCUUUGACCAGUUCAGACGAUCGGCUUUAUUCUGCUGUGAUGGGAAGCUCUGGGACUCGUCCGUCCUCCGCCCAGCUCCAUCCUCGUGGUCUCCAUGACAGCGGGCGGCAGAGCUCGUUAGACAGUGGGAUUGGGAUAGCGACAGGCAGUCAGUCAUCUUACUCAGGGAGCUUCUCCUCGUAUACGGGGAGUCUGGACAUGGCCAGCCAGGGAGGGGAGGGGGAAUAUGGCUCCGUGGCCCGUCUACCUUCUCCAGCUGCUCCGCCUCCUCCUCCCUCUUCACCUCCUGCUGUUCCUCCCCCCACUCCUCCUCCUCCUCCUCAGUACACACCUACCCCAUAUAACAACUCUGCUACCUCCUCCCCCUGCCCUUGUGCCUCCAGAUCUUGCUCUCGUGCGUCCCAGAGGCACAGUGAGGAGUAUCAAACCCCCAGCCUGCUCAGACUGCGGUACGACACACCCAGGAGUCUGCUCCAGAUCCUGUCGCUGAGGGAACCCUCCGUCCAAGAGGGCCCACCUGAGCUGGGCAGGGACAGCAGGAGCAGUGGGGAUGGAGGGUGUACCCAGGGACAAAGGUCGAGCAACAGCACCACAGGACCCAGGGCUCAUUGUCAGGCUGUGAUGCAGCGCUCUUUCUCCUGGGGCAGUGAGAGUGCGCCCUCUGUGGACAGCGAGGGGAGGUCUACGCCUAGGCCCCUGACGGUGACCGGAGGCUCGGUUUGUGGAGAAACACAGUGCAGUCAUGGUUUAGACAACUACAUUACACCAGAGCAGUGGUGGUCAGCGAGGAACAGAUGCUUGACUCAGGUUGCCAACUCUCCAUCAGGCCUUUCACCUUCUGCAGAUACACAAGAUCCUCGUCUCUGUGUGACAGAGGAACAGGAUGACGUUGGUGAUAAGUUAGCAGGUCCGAAGAGGUCGGUGCCCUCUCUGCGACCCUCUGCCCCUCCGCCUCUGCCUGUUGGCCUGAGCAUGCUCAGGCCAACAUCAGCCCGUGGUACGUUCCUGUAUGACCAUGAAGCUCCUUCAACGGUAUCCCUGGACACUGGGCUCCAUAGUGACAGCACUGUUAAUUAUGUUAACAUCCCCAUUAGCCUCCGAGCAGCUACAGCCAACAGAGAACUCCUCUACACGGAACUGGACCUGCAGGAGCCCGGGUCAGCGCCAGUCUCCAGUCCGCACAGUGCUGUCAGAGGUAACCCUUUGCAGCUCUGCAGACCCAAAGAGGGCUCCAUCAGGUACGCCCACCUCGACAUCACUGCCAUGGAAACAGCUCAGCGAGUGGGGGCGGAGCAUGUUCAGGGCAGGGAGGACAGACUGACUCAGCUGGAGAGCAGGCGGCAAGGGCCACCAAACUGACUCUUCAACGCUUAACAGUUCCAAAAUAGUUUUCAUUGCUAAUUGCUCUCCAUCUCUCUGAAUAAGCUAAAGUGCUUAAUUGCAGUUGAUCAUACCAAUCAGUGUUGUACUUAAAACACACCCACAGUUGUGCCAGUGUACAGAAAUUUCCACAAGCAAUCCAUUCCAGUAAGAAGAAAAUAGGAAAUGUCUGGAAAGUCUCUUAUACCGCUGCGAUCUUGGAUGUGUUUUGUGUUCUGUUAGUAUUGUUAAGUUCACUUACACUUGUACUUACGUUUUAUUUAUCUGAUUCACUGCUUUGUUCUCACUAACGCCGCUCCCUCUCUUCAUUUACUCUAUAGCUCGGUCAACCAUUGUUGCUCUGUGGCCAACUUUGAAUGCUGUGUAUUUACAAACAGCAAUCGAGACAUUUAUCAUUAUACCCUUAAAUUAGUGCGUUCCUGCAUUUCUCUUGAAGACUUUAACCCUAGAAAUGUUACUAUUUUUUUUUUUUUGCUGCAUCUGCUGAGGUCAGAGGAGAAAUCAUCUGCCUCUUUUUUAAGAUUAUCUCAGGUGACUGUUGAGCAUUGGUAUGAAUAGCCUUAAUUAUGAGGGAAUGACACCAAACACUAAUGUUUACCACUGAUAUUAUAGAUAGGAGACAGCAAGCUGUCAUUUCUUUUAAAUUCUAGCUAGAUUUACUUUCUUCAGACUGUUUGGUUGUGGCUCUAUUUGUUGUUACUUCUCUUACCAAGAGGUAAGAGACCAAUGAGAUCCCACGGAUGCCUCACAAUCUACUGUUAAGAGUCCCAGCUUGCUCGGCUAUCAUUCCUCAUCAGACCUUAGAUGCAUUCGAUUGAAAUAAGCAUUUUAGAGUUAUAUCUCGGGCGCAAAUUACAUUAAUCUAGGCCCAUGUGGCCCAAGCAGGACAUGACUGAGUAAUCAGCCGGCCAGGAACAUUAGUCAAAGUAAUCAAUGUCUCUGCUUCUGGUCAGAAUUGAUGAAUGGAAAAGCACAGUGUGUGUUCCAAUCUCUCACCUCCCUCUUGAUAUCAUCAGGACAAAUUGUCCAACAUUUGGUGCUAAUUUAUUUUUAUGGCGGUGGUUCCCCAGCGACGCGUCUGAGGAUGAGUUAGAAAAACUUAACCAAAAAUAGCCUGUUAAUGUCACUACAGGGACUGCUUUCCUCUCCAGGAUUUGUAUAUAGUAACUGCUUUUUAUUUAUGCCAAGAAUGAUAUUUAACUAUAUUUUUAAAGAUAUUACCGUUUGUAUGUUGUUGGCACCUGUAUCUUACUGAUUAAAGAUUGCCGUUACAUUU